AUGAGCACCGUCGGCUUCAUCGGACUCGGCUGCAUGGGCGCCCACAUGGCGCGCAACCUGAUGCGCCAGGGGCACAAGUUGGUCGUCUGCGACGUGAACACCAAGGUGCUUGACGAAUUCCGCGCCGAGGGGGCCGACGUCGUCAAGUUUCCGGCCGAUGUCGCCGCGGCGGCGAAGGAUAUCGUGACGAUGCUCCCAUCUAGCCCGCAUGUUCGACAGGUUUAUGGCGGCGACGGUGGUCUCCUGGAAAAGAUGCAGCCCGACACGCUGUGCAUGGACAGCAGCACCAUUGAUCAGAUUGCCUCCCUGGAAAUGUCGCUGGCUCUCCGGCAAAAGCGCUCGACUUACGUCGAUGCCCCAGUGAGCGGCGGAGUCGUCGGAGCCCAGAAUGCCACCCUCACCUUCAUGGUCGGCGGAGGCGACGAGAAGCCCGCGUUCGAUCGUGCCCACAAAUUCUUGAGCAAGAUGGGCAAGAAUAUCGUGAAUUGCGGCAAGGUGGGUAACGGGCAAGCGGCCAAGAUCUGCAACAACAUGAUGCUCGGCAUUUCGAUGAUUGGCGUGUCGGAGACGAUGAAUUUGGGGAUCCGUAUGGGGCUGGACCCGAAGCUGCUCGCCUCGAUCCUCAACACCUCAUCGGGCCGUUGCUGGGCCUCCGACACGUACAACCCGGUGCCCGGUGUCAUUGACGGAAUCCCGCCCAGCAAGGGCUACGAGGGCGGAUUUGGGAGCUCGUUGAUGGCCAAGGAUUUGUCGCUGGCCCAGAAUGCCGCCACCAGCAAUGGGGCGCCAACCCCACUCGGCUCGCUGGCCCAUCAAAUUUACCGCCUGCUCGCGCAGCACCCCGAUCUGUCGGGCAAAGAUUUUGGCGUCGUCUACCAAUACUUGAAGGAGCAGGACAAGAAA